UCCUGGAGAUCAAUAGAGGGCAGUUCAAUGGACUGUGUAUGAUAUAGGGAGGUAUUGUGUUUGCCUGUGAGCGAGGGGAGCACAUGGUGCCUCAAGAUAAGGUGCCAGCUGUUGGAGUCCCUUUCAGUGUAUGUGUGGUAACAAUAUGUCUGUCCCCCUCCUUGCUGAUGCGGUGACUGUUUCAGGGGCAGAACGGGAGACUGCAGCGGUCAUUUUUUUACAUGGGCUCGGAGACACAGGGCACAGCUGGGCUGAUGCACUCUCCUCCAUCCGACUCCCAUACGUGAAAUACAUCUGCCCUCAUGCGCCCAGGAUCCCUGUAACCCUCAACAUGAAGAUGGUCAUGCCCUCCUGGUUUGAUCUGAUGGGGUUGAGUCCAGACGCGCCUGAGGACGAAGCUGGAAUCAAGAAAGCAGCUGAAAACAUUAAAGCAAUUAUCGAGCAUGAGAUCAAGAACGGCAUCCCAGCCAAGCGCAUCGUCCUCGGGGGCUUCUCGCAGGGCGGUGCCCUAUCGCUAUAUACGGCGCUCACCUCCCAGCACCAGCUGGCUGGCAUCGUGGCUCUCAGCUGCUGGCUCCCGCUGCACAAGGCCUUCCCUCAGGCAGCAAGCAAUGGUGUGAACAAGGAUAUCGCCAUCCUGCAGUGUCAUGGGGAGAUGGACCCCAUGAUCCCUGUCCGCUUUGGAGCCCUCACUGCUGAGAAGCUGAAAUCUGUCGUCGCCCCUAGCAAGGUUCAGUUCAGAACCUACCCUGGAGUGAUGCACAGCUCCUGCCCGCAGGAGAUGAUGGCGGUGAAGGAAUUCAUUGAGAAGCUGCUGCCCCGGAUUUAAAUGGAGCCACUCGGGACUGUCACAGGGAAAGGACACAGGGUCACCACCUCUGAUCUUUCCCCCUUCUCCUGUCAGCUGCAAACGGAAGCCAUGGCAACCAACCUCAACUCCAGCUGUUUUCCCUUCCUUCAGUCCCACCCUCGCCUGUCUCUUCUGCACCAGGGACCCUCAGCCCAGUGGGGUGCUGCUCCCUGGGGCUCCCUGAGUUGAGUGUGGAGCUGUUUAAGGUACUGCAGA